CUUCCCCAGGUGUGGCUCCUGUUCGAGUACCCGGAGAGCUCGGGUCCGGCGCGAGGCAUCGCCAUCGUCUCUGUGCUCGUCAUCCUCAUCUCCAUCGUCAUCUUCUGCCUGGAGACGCUGCCCGAGUUUCGUGAGGAUUCUCAGCAGCUGUUCCAGCAGGUGAACGGCACCUCCACUCGAGUGAAGAAGCCGAACCCCUUCACCGACCCGUUCUUCAUCGUGGAAACGCUCUGCAUCAUCUGGUUCUCCUUCGAGCUGCUGGUUCGAUUCCUGGCGAGCCCGAGCAAGGCGGCGUUCUUCAGGAACAUCAUGAACACCAUCGACAUCGUGGCCAUCAUACCGUACUUCAUCACGCUGGGUCUGGAGCUGGCGGAGCACCAGGGGAACGGGCAGCAGGCCAUGAGCCUCGCUAUCCUGAGGGUCAUCCGCCUGGUCAGGGUCUUCAGGAUCUUCAAGCUGUCCCGACACUCCAAGGGGCUGCAGAUCCUCGGGAAGACCCUGCAGGCCAGCAUGAGGGAGCUGGGCCUUCUCAUCUUCUUCCUCUUCAUCGGAGUCAUCCUCUUCUCCAGCGCCGUGUAUUUUGCAGAAACAGACGACCCAGAUUCAGGGUUCUCCAGCAUCCCGGACGCCUUCUGGUGGGCCGUGGUCUCCAUGACGACGGUGGGAUACGGAGACAUGUGUCCGGUGACCAUCGGAGGAAAGAUCGUGGGUUCGCUGUGCGCCAUCGCCGGGGUUCUAACCAUCGCUCUGCCCGUUCCUGUCAUCGUGUCCAACUUCAACUACUUCUACCACCGCGAGACGGACCACGAGGAGCACUUCCAGUACAAACACGUGACCUGUGGACAGCAGUUUGAGAUCAACAGUGACAACAAGGACGAGUUCCUGGAGAGCAGCGAGGAGGACGAGGAGUCUCUGAAACACACCAACUGCAGCCCGAGGAAGGCCUACACAGGGAAGCUCACCGACGUCUGAGGGGGGGUGUUGGGGUCUUUGGGGAUAGAGUUACGCAGCAACAAGGAUUGAGGUUUAGCACCAAGACAAGGAUUCAUUUAGGAGGGAUUGUACUCCUCAUAUUCCCAAACACUGUUCUUCCAUUACACACUGUGGGCGGGAGGAAGGGGUCCCCGUUUGCACCAAGACAAGGACUCAUUUAGGGGUUAGGGUCCUCAUUGAUACCCCCAAAACUGUUCUUCCUUUACACAAGGCCUGAGUGGAGAAAGGGGAACGUUUAGGACGAUUUAAAUCCACGUGUACCCAAAAAACUGAUAUCCAUUACACUGUGGGAGAGAGGGAGGGGCGACAUGGAUUCAUUCAGGGGUUAGGGUCCUCGUUUAUACCCAAACACUGGAUUAUAAUCAGAGGAGGAGGAAGUAC